AUGGGCUCCUCGGAUAUCCCGCCUCCUUCAGCGCCGGACUGGCUCAUUCCAGCCUCAACCGUCUGCCUGGGCCUGGGCGUCUUCUUCUGGCUGGCGGCGUAUGUUCUCAUGGUCCAGCGCUCGCUCCAGACAAGAGACACGCCCAUGCCCCUGAUCGCGCUCGGUGUGAACCUCGCCUGGGAGGUCGUCUGGGUAGUCUAUGUCGCCGACUCCAUCCUCGAGAAGCUUGGCUUCGCCCUGUGGCUCCUCUUCGACGUCCCAGUGCUCUACGCGACGCUUCGCGCUGCGCCGCGCUCCCUCAGGUCGCAUCCGCUCAUCGCUCGGCGCUUCUCGCUCAUCCUGUUCCUUGUGUUCCUGUGGGGUGUCGCGGCCAACGCGUCCUUUGCGUGGUGGUGGCUCAAGGAACCGCAUCGGGGGUACGGCAUCAAAUGGGGGAAGACCUGGUUCGGCCAGGAAGCACGCGACACAACCGAGCUGUCCUGGUGGGCGGCCGGCACGGCGCAGAUGGCCUUCAGUGUUGGUUCUUUGGCAAUGGUACUCCAGCGCGGCCAUUCGGGUGGCCAGAGUUAUGCAAUCUGGUUCUGCCGGUUUGUUGGAUCGCAGAUGGGACUCCCUCUUGCAUGCGGUCUUCUGUGGUGGUACUGGCCCGAAGCCCAUGGCUUCAUCUUCCAUCCUGUUUCAGGCAUCAUCAUUGGCACGUCGCUGCUGUGUGACAUUGCUUACCCCUUUGCCUUGGCUUAUGUGAGGGGGGCGGAACGCAUCUUGCCCGACGGCACAAUAAUCGCUGGAUCAUUUGAAGCCCACGCGAAGGAAAAAUGA